AUGGCUGCCUCUCGUCCCUCCAGCGCUAGUGAGCGCACUGGCUCAAUCAACUCCCAAGACAGCCCCAAGAUAUUGCAAACCAAGGCCGAUCCCAAUUUGGCACUCCACGAAGCUCAGCCCAGUAUGAACGCAGUGGCAGACCGUGACAUGUUCUCUCUUCGGAGUCUUCAGCACAAAGACCGCAGCGGUCAGAUCAUCAGUGACCCCGAUCUUUCAAAUCCCACGCGGGCCCGGCUUGAGCGACCCCUUGAUACCAUCCGAUCCUUCCAAGCCGCCAUCGACGCUGAACGGAAACAAAAUCGUAUGUGA